AGUAUAUCAAAGCUUCCUGCUGAUGCCUCUCAACCGAAUGGGAUUCCAUGCAGCCACUGAGAUAGAAUCACAACUUUAGAAAGUUUAAAAAAAAUUAUAUUAGUCUGAUUUUUUUUCUUCUAUAUUUUUCACUGUGAUUAAAAUAUAUUUGUCAUCAUCAUUAUUAUUUUGCCUGCUGUCAAGUUAUUCUAGAAUUAGGAGUAAUGAGCGUAGAUGUUUUGGGAAGCCCUGUGAUGGAUCCUACGUUUUCCAAACGGAACACGGCGCUGAGAUUAGUUGACUUGGCAGGGGCGCACCACCAUCACCAUCACCACCACCAUACCCCUCCGAGCGUGACAGGCUUCCCGGGGUUUAGCAGCCAUCCGCACUCAAUGGCUCACUCGCACCCUGGGGAGAUUACGGCGGAACCCCGCCUGGGGCCGAGUCCAUUCGGGCCAGAACACAUGGGGCACUCCGCGGCCCUCAAAAUCAGCCCAGCCCAUCAUUAUCCACACCACCAUCACCACCACAAUCAUCAUAUGGCAGGCCACAGUGAAGUGGUCUCCAGUCAAACGGGAGCUUUUGGCCCGGUGCAGGCGGCGACCGUCCCCUAUUCCAUGUCCCACACGGCCCAGGCGUUAUCCGCAGCAGCAGGUAGGGAUUUCCUCAUUCGGAGAGAUCUGACAGCUCAAGCCAUGCCGGUUCUGACCGACCAGAGCCCCGGUUCAACCUCUCAUCACGGAAUGUUUGUUUCAACAACAGGUAGCUAUCCAGGACACUAUGGCCAUCACCCGGACGCUGGGAGCCAUACCCUCUUCUCCGGACUCCACCAUGAGCAGUCAUCUAGCGGAUCACCGGGUGGCCAAACCCUGAAUGGACAAAUACGGUUAGGAAUACCUGGCGAAAUGUACGUUAGGUCUGAUCACUUGAGUCAAGUGGCAAGCUCCAGGGCUGAUCCGUUCUCCGCCUCGCCGUUACAUGGCUACGGCGGUCUAAACCAUCUGAAUAUGAACCUUAGUGCUCACCACGGAGCGGGCGCCUUCUUCCGCUACAUGAGGCAGCCGAUAAAGCAAGAACUCAUCUGCAAGUGGCAUGAACCGGAACACUCGCCCAAAAAACUCUGCUCCAAAACUUAUAGCACGAUGCACGAGCUGGUAACUCAUGUGACGGUUGAGCACGUCGGUGGCCCUGAGAUGGCAAACCAUAUCUGUUUUUGGGAAGAGUGUCCCAGGGAAGGCAAACCAUUUAAAGCCAAGUACAAACUUGUAAAUCAUAUCAGAGUGCACACCGGAGAGAAACCAUUCCCAUGUCCUUUUCCUGGCUGUGGAAAAGUGUUUGCCCGAUCGGAGAACCUGAAGAUCCAUAAGAGAACCCACACAGGUGAAAAACCCUUUAAAUGUGAGUUCGACGGCUGCGACCGACGUUUCGCAAAUAGCAGCGACCGGAAGAAGCACUCCCACGUGCACACCAGCGAUAAGCCGUACAACUGCAAAGUGAGAGGCUGUGACAAAUCCUACACGCACCCCAGCUCGCUCAGAAAGCACAUGAAAGUGCACUGCAAGUCUCCACCACCGAGUUCUGGCUACGAGUCAUCAACCCCGUCACUGGUGUCCCCAUCAUCGGACCUAGGCCGAGAGCCAGGGGCCUCGUCUCUCUCGGAACCGGCAGCGUCGUCCCAGCCCGCCAAUUUAAGCGAGUGGUACGUCUGUCAUAGUUCUGGUGCCAGCGGUACUCAAACACCCCCCAGCGGCUCUUCCACUCCUGAUCCCGGGGAUGAGACACCCUACAGAAACCCAGAGCCGAGGGACGCGUUCUAACGAAAACUGGCCCAGAAAAUAAGUCGAACACAUUUGAGAGAUAUUUUCUAUUAUUCCUAUGGACUUAUAGGCCACAAUUAAUCAAAAGGUCUGUUUUAUAUGGGCCAAAUAAUGCACUGGCAUAUCGACAAAUAAGAAACAGACACAUUUUAGUUUUUUGAUAGCCUCUUCAAUCCCCAUGUGGACAAAUACGAACAAAUAUUCUGUUUGUACAUUUACAAUUUAUCGUACUAGUGAAUUGUACGCAUGCAUGUUGCUGUAUUAUUUUGUAAAUCGAGGUUUGACAUCAAUAUCUUUUUAAUUUAUUUUUUGAAUCUGACAUGAACAUUUUUGUAUUAUCGAACCAAAGUGUUUCAAUAUGAAGAAAGACAUGUACAUUUGUAAAUUGCUAUGUUUCAAUGUUUAAGUGUUAACAGUAAUUUUGUAAACCUCUAUCUUUCAGCUAUUUUAAUUAUUUGCUACUCUUAUUUGUAUGAAUUAAAUAACUGUUGAAAUGUUGAAUUUCAUACAGACCUGUUGUCUUCAUUUGUGAUGAAAGUCUAUUGAUUGAAGCCUUUUCAUAGUCUAAAUAGACUAUGGUCUAUUUGAUAUUAUCAACAUUACAUUCAUAAAUGUUCGGUCGACGUGGGCAUUUUGUGAUUUUGUAAUUCUUGUCAAGAUUUGUAAGCAAAACAUUUUUAUGAACAUGUGAUCCUAUUGAGAAAAGAUAUCGACAUAUGUACCAAACUGCCUUGUAAUUUGUGAGUAUUUUGAAUAAAUCGUGUAUGAUGAAACUUA